AUGCAGAACUUAACCAUUUUGAUAACUGGCAUUAUUUUGGUAGCACAAAUUCAUGAUUUGUUUGGUUUACCGUUGAUUGAUAUUAGUCGAAACGUGGGAAGAAUCAAACGAUCGGAUGAUAAAUUACUUCCGAAUGAAAAUUUUUCAUUAGUUACCGAUGAAAAAUUAGUUAGAUUGCAACAACUUGCAGAUUCUGCUCAUGACCCUAAGUUAUACGAUUUAUAUCGUGUUGUCAAUCAUUAUGUUGAAAUGGCUCGAAGAAAUCGUGAACAUGUUCUUUGGAAAUAUGAUACUAAUCAAGAAGGUCUUGUUCUUGUACUAAAACAAAAUUUAAAUGGUAUUCUAUACUAUGGUUGA